CGGGCGGCUCCCCGCGGCCGCCCCCGCGCCCCGGGCGCCGGGCCUUAGUGCUGGCUGAGGAGGCGGCGCGCGCGGGGCGGCCGGGCGGCGGCGGCGGGGCCCGUGCCGUCAUGCCGUGGCUGAGCGGCGGCCGGCGGCGGCGGCGGGGAGAGCCGCGGGAGGCUCCGCGGGAGCCGCAGCCGCCCGCGCAGCCCGCUCGGGAGCCGCCGCCGCCCGCGCCCCCUGCCGCGGCCCCCGCGCCCUCCGCGCCCUCCGCGCCGCCGCCGCCGCGGGCCCGGGAGAGCGCCGAGCUGCCGCUGCCCGCCGGCUGGGAGGAGGCGCGCGACUACGACGGCCGCGUCUUCUACAUCGACCACAACACGCGCCAGACGUCGUGGAUCGACCCGCGCGACCGGAUAACAAAGCCAUUGACCUUUGCCGAUUGUGUUGGGGAUGAACUUCCUUUAGGAUGGGAAACUGUAUAUGAUAAGCAAAUUGGAAUUUAUUACAUGGACCACAUAAAUAAGCUUACCCAGAUUGAGGAUCCCAGAGAACAGUGGAGGCGAGAGCAGGAACGGAUGCUGAAGGAGUAUUUGAUCGUGGCCCAGGAGGCUCUCAAUGCCAAGAAAGAAAUCUACCAGAUUAAGCAGCAGCGGUUCGAGCUGGCCCAGGAGGAAUACCAGCAGCUGCACAAAAUGUGUGAGGACGACAGCCGCUCGUACGCUAGCUCCUUCUCUGGAUAUUCAACAAAUACAAAGUACGACCCAUACCAAAUUAAAGCAGAAAUAGCAAGUCGUCGGGAUAGGCUUUCCAGAUUAAAACGAGAGCUGACCCAGAUGAAGCAAGAACUGCAGUACAAGGAAAAGGGGGUGGAGACCUUGCAAGAGAUUGAUCGUAAGAUGUCAAGCACUCACACCAACUACAAGCUGGAUGAGGCACAGGCCAUAAUGAGUGAGCUCCGGACCAUCAAGAAAGCCAUUUGCACAGGCGAGAAGGAGAGGCGGGACCUGAUGCAGAGCCUGGCCAAGCUGACCGACGGCUUCAGGAAUAGCUUUUCUCUCACCGACCCUCUGCCGGAGUUCCCUCACAAUCCAGGUGUGCUUGGCGAUUCUUUACCUCAACAGUUCUGCGACGCUGGGUCUCAGACCGACAUCGUUGGAGAGUUUGUCUUUGAUGAUAAGACAAGACUUGUAGACCGAGUCAGGCUUAAUUGGCAGUAUGAGGAAGCCAGAAAGAGGGUGUCGACCAUCCAGCAGCAGCUGGCCCAGCUUGACAACGAGUCCUGGCCGGGUUUGGCCGAGGCCGACAGGGACCGGCUGCAGCUCAUCAAGGAGAAAGAGGCCCUGCUUCAGGAGCUGCAGCUCAUCGUUCAGCAGCGGAGGCCGGCGGAAGACGUGGCCCGGCUGGAGGAGGAGCGGAGGCGCCUGGAGGAGGAGAUCCAGCGCGCGCGGGCCACAUCCGUGCAGGGCGCCACGGAAAGGAUUCUCCUUCAGGAAAAAAGAAACUGUCUGCUUAUGCAGCUCGAAGAGGCUACCCGCCUAGCGUCCUAUCUCCAGUCCCAGUUAAAAAGCCUGUCUGCCAGCACCCUGACCGUGUCUUCGGGGAGCAGCCGCGGGUCCCUGGCCUCCAGCCGGGGCUCGCUCGCCUCCAGCCGCGGUUCCCUGAGCUCCGUCAGCUUCACGGACAUCUACGGCCUCCCGCAGUACGAGAGGCCGGACGCCGAGUGCGGCCAGCUUCUGCGCUUUGACCUCAUCCCCUUCGACUCCCUGGGACGAGACGCCCCCUUCUUCGAGCCCCCCGGCCCCUCGGGCUUCCACAGGCAGAGGCGCUCCCUGGACACGCCGCAGUCCUUGGCGUCGCUGUCCUCCCGCUCCUCCCUGUCCUCUCUGUCGCCCCCGAGCUCGCCCUUGGACACGCCCUUCCUCCCGGCCUCGCGCGACUCGCCCCUGGCCCAGCUGGGAGACAGUCUCGAGGUGCCCGGCCUGGGCGCGCUCGACAGACUGCGGGCUCAGGCCUCGGCUUUGGGGGACGAAGACUCGCAGGGCACGGCGUCCCUCCAGCCGCACGGCUUCCCCGGGGAUGGGGAAGGACCUCGCGAGCGAGGACCCCAAGCGGCUGCCGCUCCCGUGGGCGCAACGGUGACUCUUCGAGAGGACAGUGCCACGAGGUUGGAGAGGAGAGCACGCCAUGUGUCUGCAUGCCUGUCCGAUUAUUCACUGGCGAGCGAUAGUGGAGUAUUUGAGCCUCCAGCCAAAAGGAGUGAAGAUACCGAGGAGUCUGCACACGGAGACGCUUGUGGUAACGAAGGGCCCCAGAUCCACGUUGGAUUCUUGCUCGACACCGCCAGCGAAUGUCUUCUCGUGAAUGUGUUCCAACUAAAGAAUUUUGCGGGGCUGGUCAUGAAGGAGGACUGCAAAGUACACAUCCGAGUCUAUUUGCCGCCGAUCGACUCCGGCACACCAAACACUUACUGCUCUAAGGCUCUGGGAUUCCAGGCCCCCCUGGUAUUUAAUGAAAUUUUCAGAAUCCCCGUGCAUUCAAGCAUGUUGACGUUGAAGUCACUUCAACUGUAUGUGUGCUCAGUGAAUCAGCAGCUACAGGAAGAACUGCUGGGCAUCGCUCAGAUCAACUUGGCCGACUACGACGGGUCCGGCGAGAUGCAGCUGCGCUGGUACGCGGUGCAGGUGUUCGGCAGCUGCGGGCCGCCCGGGCCGGGGGCCGCCGCCAGGGACCCCGCGCUGGCCGUCGCCGGGAAGACGGACGCGGUGACGGCGCUGCUGGCCAGGACCACUGCCCAGCUGCAGGCCGUGGAGCGUGAGCUGGCCGAGGAGCGCGUGAAGCUGGAGUACACGGAGGACGAGAUCCUCGAGAUGGAGCGGAAGGAGGAGCUGGCCGAGGCCGUGUCCGAGAGGAGCUGGCAGGCCGACUCGGUGGACAGCGGCUGUAGCAGCUGCGCCCAGACCAGCCCCCCGCACCCCGAGCCCUGUUGCGUCGGCGCCGACCCCAUCCGUGGACACACGUUUGCCGGCCAGGCAGACCCUUACAGCCCCGAGAAGUUUCAGCCUCCACCUCGUAAGGUUGAUAAAGAAACCAACACAGAAGAUGUGUUCCCAGAAGAAGUCGCGAGUCUUCCGAAGGAGAGGCCCGGCCGCAGGGCCCGUGGGUCGCCUUUUGUCCGGAGUAGCACAAUUGUCCGUUCGCAGACCUUCUCCCCCGGAGCACGAAGCCAGUAUGUUUGCAGACUUUAUCGUAGUGACAGCGACAGUUCGACCCUGCCCCGGAAGUCCCCCUUUGUCCGAAACACCUUGGAAAGACGAACGCUUCGCUAUAAGCAGCCCUGCAGGGCCUCCCUGGCUGAGCUCAUGGCCCGCACGUCCUUGGACCUGGAGCUGGAUCUCCAGGCCUCGAGAACGCGGCAGCGGCAGCUGAACGAGGAGAUCUGCGCCCUGCGCGAGCUGAGGCAGCGGUUGGAGGACGCGCAGCUUCGAGGCCAGACCGACCUCCCGCACUGGGUGCUGCGCGACGAGCGGUUCCGGAGCCUGCUGAAGGAAGCCGAGAGGCAGACGAGACAGACCAAACUUGACUUCCAUCAAGAACAGGCAGCUGAGAAGAUGCUGAGGAAGGCCUCCAAGGGGGUCUGCCAGCUGCGAGGGCAGAACCACAAAGAGCCCGUCCAGGUGCAGACCUUCAGGGAGAAGAUAGCAUUUUUCACAAGACCAAGGAUUAACAUACCUCCUCUGCCUGCCGACGAUGUUUGAUACAGUGCUUUGUACACAUGAAGUAUUUAUCUGCCUGUUUUAUUUUCAUGAAGUUCUUAGACUAGCUACAUUUGUCUUUAAAAUAUUUGUGCAAAGCUAUUAAUAUACACCUUUUGUAAAAAAAAAAAAAAAACCCCACAUCUAUAUCUAUACAUAUAUAUUUUAUAAUAGUGACGGCAACAGGGCUUGGCUUUCCCUCGUUGUGAAAUUGACAUCUCUGAAGACAGGUUAUUUUAUAAAAGAUCAACUAUCAUGUUAAGAGUGUACAGUUUUUACGCUGUUUUAUUUGACUUAAAGGCUGGAAGACAGAAACAAAGUGAGUUCAGGCAAAUUCACUGUAUUGUAAUUUAUUUAUAGUACUUUUUUUUUCCUUGAAGGAAAAUACUGACGUUCAGAUGUAUUUUAAGACUAAAAUUGUGUGCUUCAGUAUUUGUCAUGCAGUAGAACGGAACUUUGGGGCCGGUUUUGUUUCUGACACCCAAAACGCAAACACUCUGUGCUCAAUCCAUCGCUUGUAGCCGUCUCUCGCGUGUCUUCGUGCCCGGCGUGCACGCUGCGGUGGCCCAGGGCCGGGUCACACGCCGUGCGGGCACCGCAGAGCUGUCUCCCGUGCGCAGUGCGCGCCACGAGCCUCCCGUCCUGCCGUCUCUCCGCGCAUCCCCGUGCGUCCCCCCCCCCCCCGCCCCCCCCCGUGAGUCUGACGCGGGCCCCGAGCCCCGGCAUCCUGGCCUCUAGCCUGCCUGUCCGUGGUGGCUGCCCGUGGUGGCUGUCCGCAGGCAGCCCCGCCUUCUGGGUCCGCUCCCCCUGACCUUGGCCUCCGAGGCGGUUGUGGAGCUCCUGCGCUACCACCGUGCCGCGAAGGGAAGUGACGGGAACCGGGAACGCGCGUGCUCGCAGACUCCGUGAAUCCACGGAUGGACGCGGCGGUUAUGACGUAGAAGUGACGGCCUCGGAAGGCGCUUUUUUUGUGGAAGGAAGUGUGUGUGGGUAACGACGAUUACCCAGUGGGUCUCUUACAGGAGAGUAUUUGAUUUAAAUCAAAACCCGCCCCCCUCCCAGUCCUGGACUCUACCCAAUAUUUCUUAAGAAAUCUUAGAAGUAGUUCACGAGGCAAAAAAAAAAAAAAUUUAUGUAAUAAAAAUAUACCAAUAUUCUUUUAAAAUGCCAAAUGAUAUAAAUAUUUCGCCUAAUACAUAUUUAUUAUCUAUGAAAUGCACUCUCCUUUACGAGGCCUCAGAGAAGUAAACGAGGUGGGUCACAUGGAACGUAAAAAGAAAACAGAACUCUCUUCCUAGGUCUUUCUGCCUCUCCCUGGGAAAUGCCCCGCCCCCUCUAAUCAGUGUCUCGCCCUUCUCAUUAGUCUGUAACCGCCCCCUCGUGUAACCUGCCUGCCUUUUUACAUUUGUUAAAAAUGAAUUUUGUAAAAGCAUUUCGUUGACACAGACCCGUCACAGACAGUGGCGUUUGUCAGUGGUGCUGGGACUGAAGAUCGUGCGUUCGCAGCGCCCAGCUCUUGCUCUGUAUUUCCGCCUCGAGUCUCGCUUUUUUUUUUUUUUUUUUUUUUUUUUUUUUUGCUAAUUUCUCUGUGUACAUAACCCACCACAGAGGCAGAGACGCGCAGACCAUCAGUCCUUGCCAGAACCGCCCGGCCGCAGAUGGCGCGGCUGAGCAGGUGACACCGGGGGCCGGCCCCCAGCUGUGGAGACUCUCAGCUCCAGCGGAGAACCGCCUGCCUCCGGACUUGGGUGUGUGGAGGGCACGUCACGCCCGUCUCGGGCACACCGCUCCCUGGCCGUGCAAAUGUGUCCUGGAGGCACUGCCUGGCCGCUGCUCCUCAGCGGCUGCCACACGCAGCUCUCUCCGCGGGAGGGGGGCCUCGGGGGGCUUUUCCGGCACCCUCCAUCAAGUAGCAACGUGGGGAAAACCCCCUGUGCCAAUGCAGAAGGCCCUCACCCCAGGGCUUUCACACAACUCUCACUGCCCGGCAUAUGCAGGUUUCUGUUGGGAGUGCGCCCGCACCCCAGGGUUGGUCAUUUGUUUUUUCAAUCCCUAUUCCGGUGCCAGUCCAAGGGGUGCUUGCGUCUGUCACCUCUCCAGUUACUUCUCCCGCGUCCCUGCGAGAGUCCGCCUUUGCACCUGAACGGUACCAGAGUGCGCCAGGAAGGAAAAGCCAGCCAGAUGAAGGAGGUGGAGGGUGAGGGGCCGGAAAGGGCACAGGGACGGCGACAGAGACCAGCCCAGCUGGCAGGUGGACAGGAAGCACCAUCACUGGCUUGUCUCUCGUGACCUGGGUUUCCAGCUUCUUUCUAGUUAAGACUGCCACCCCCUAGAAAACCCCCACGCGCCAGAAAACUGAAGGCCUGUUGUCGUAAGGGGUGUUCUCAUCUUCUGUUUGAACUUGACCAUGACCGUGCCGUGGGAUGAGAAAGCUGCCGUGUUUUAUCAGCAGGUCUGGUCCAGAGACGAUCCGAAGUCUGCCACCAGGGCUCUUUAGAAACAGCACGACGAGUAAAAGGGAAUUUGGUCUUCGUGUCACCUGAUCACAGAAUUGUCACUGCUGAAAUAACCUUCUGUCGUGGGAAUAAGUUAUAAUCAGUACUCAUCUCUGUUUUUGUCACUGUUCCCUACUUGCAUUGUUUGUAUUGUUGGAAAGUAUUCCUCCUAUAAAAUUAAACUAACCUGCCUUAAGAACA